UGCAACUAUGCACCGAUGGCAUCGUGCCUGAGUUGUGUUGUCAGACUCAAGCACAUACCACUUGGCGAUACCAUUGUGCCGGCCGAGCGCCGGACGCAGACGGUGUCCUCGCCGUGCGUUAGCAUCCCGCCGAGAUUGUAAAGAUGGGGGAGACAUGGCCAAGUGUUUCUGCUAUCGCAGGCUCGAUUGCACCAGUUCUAAGACAACAUGAUACCAUUGAAAAUCCGCCCGCGUUCUGUGUCGAUCCCUGGUCGCUCAGACCGCAUGGACCACCUUGCGGAAAGCUAUGAAGAAGGCGUGCAUAUCUUCAUAUCUUGAGGUCUGCAUGCCACCGUCAGACUCCUCAACAGCAGCAACAUCUACUUCUUCACUCAAUCAUUAUGUCUUCUCGAGCACGCGUCGGCCGGCACGACAGUGUCGACAGUAAGGCACCACGCAGACAAGCCAAUGCUUGCCUACGAUGCUACGAAAAGAAAGUCAAAUGCGACAUGGACAGCCUAGGCCAGCCAUGCACUGGCUGUGCCCGAGACGGCAUCACUUGUCAGAAGCGCACUCGAAAGCCUUACCCACCACGCAAGGAGUCCAGCAACAGUAUCUCAAAGUCCAACUCUUCGCGGAGCUCACCCUCCCGUGAUUCAGUCUCUUCUUGCACAAAUCCAAUGCCUACGCCACCCAGGAGCAUUCCAUCUGACUCCGUGCCAACGCCAAUGUUCGACUCCGAGCCUUUCUCCUUCCCAGCUUCCUACCUGGAAUCCGCACCAGCAGAUUUCUACAACUCAGUGCAUGACCUUACCAACAUUAUGCCGCAUUCCAGCACAAUGGACACCACGAUGACUGACAACAUGAUGCCAUUCCUAAGUGGUACAAGUGACGAGUCAGGUUUCGCCUACCUCAUGGAUAUGUGCAAUCCAGAGCAAGAUCCCACUGCACAACACUACCUGAGCCUGAAGGACACCGCAUCACCACUUGACCCAGCAGCAUUGGCAUUUGCUGAGGCUCAAGGCUGCUUCUCAAUGCCAAGUCACGCCAUCUGCGAGGACUUGGUCCAAUCCUAUUUCCACUAUGUCCACCCAACGCUGCCCAUAUUGAACAUUGCGGACUUUCUGGAACAGUACACUGGCGGCUCAUUCGAACAGACGAGUCUGCUCCUUCUGUGGAGCAUGUUCUCUGUUGCAGCCAACUUUGCCUCCGAAUCCACACUGGUCCUGUCAGGCUGCGCGAGCCGUGAGGACUUGAAGAAGCAAUUCUACGCACGCGCUAAGAGUCUCUUUGACUUGGCGUACGAACAAGACAAAGUCACUCAAGUCCAGUCGGCUUUGCUCUUGGGGUACUGGUACUCAGAUUUGCAGGACCACGCUCAAGCGUGGCACUGGACUGGAGUCGCAAUCUCCACGGCGCAAACGAUCGGCCUCCAUAGGAGUUCGGAUGCGAGGCACGCACACGGCGCGAUUGCCGCCCCUCAGCGCCGACUUUGGGCAAACAUUUGGUGGUCGUGCUUCUUCCGGGAUCGCUGGCUGAGCUUGGGCCACGGACGUCCACUAAGAAUCAACGCCGCGGAUUGUGAUGUACCAAUGGUCGGCCCAGAUUGUAUGCUUGAUCUCCCAGAGCGAGCACCUCAGGCGUGGCGCAAAUAUGUGCCACAAGACCUCCACCACAUAGUGCCAAUCUGGACUGGACUUUUGCAACUGACCGUGGUCCUUGGUGAUAUCCUCUCCGCAACCUACCAGCCACACAGAGCUCCCCUCGAUAGCACAAGCAUUGCUGAUCUGGAGCGACGAGUUUCCGAGUGCUUGCCCGAACAGCAAGCCAGGCCCUUGAACCCGGAGCUGGUGCUCUUCUUUGAGUCACAAGCUCGGUUGCACGUCGAAGCCAGCAUGAUUGCACUUUACAGACCAUAUGCUACCGAGUUCCUCAUGAGCCACGCGGACAAUGUAGACCCUGCUGUCGCACGACUAGCAAACGGAAGAAUCAAGGCAGCAGCCACCCGAGCCAGCGGUAUUCUCGACCGUAUCAUCACGACAGAUGCUCUCCGAUUUGCAGGACCUAUGAUGGUACCUCUUCUUGUGCCCAGCAUGACUGUGCACCUUAUGCAAGCACGAUCUCAGGAUCAUUUCACAAGCUCAUGGAGCAAAAACCGCCUGGAGCUUUCAUUAAUGGUGCUCAAGCGACUGGAGGACAACUACCCAGCUGCGGCCGUGGUCCACCGACUGUUUUCGCAAACCAAGAACGACCACAACACUGUACAGUUCAACUUUUCGAACCCAACUCCUCCAAGCAGCAUCGGCAACAGUCCUCAGAGCAAUGUCAUGAACCACUGGCAGGGUGCUCCUUUGGACCUUCACGCUCCCUUGAACACAUUAAACACGGGCUUUCCCUGCAACACGGCACAAUGGGACAGCCCGGAGAUGGGACCAGGCUUUGACCUGUGGACCCUGACACCACCAGACGGGAAAAUGUUUUUCCCGCUCGACGAUCUUCACGUCAGCAGCAUAUAAGAUCACAUGUGCGACGUCCACGGCGAGCUGGUGAGAGGAGGACUGCAUAAUUAUGAGACACACGACGGCACGAAAUCAUCAUUGAGGUGGUGUGCUAUACCAAGUGGGUCGGAGCGGUCGGCAUUAUACGAUCUCCUUUGUUCUUCGAUUUUCCUAUGUUCCCU